UGUUCCACAUGGUUAGUCCAAGUGCUCUUCCCUGCAUGCUUUUAUACAUUCAGGUUAAUUGUGAUCGGAUAUUAGACAGACAGAACUCCUAGUAUUUACUACUGCUGAGGGAUUCCUGGCUUUAUUUGAGACAGUUUGAUGAGCUGGGUCCAUGCACCCCCAGCAGUCUGCCCUCCCACUGCAGCUGCAUGGCAACAGUUUUGCUAUGAGCUCUGGACAAGUGCCAAAACUAAGCGCGGGAUACAAUGAAGAAGGAGGAGGUGGAGGCCAAGAAGCUGAACUUAAUCAGCAAAACAUGACUUCCUCUGCUCAUCUCAGUUGCAGGUUGAACCCAGGUGAACAGUGUCAGAGCCCACUGGAGCCUCUGGUUCACUGCCAUGCCAAGGGCAAGCUGGACAUCAAGAGCAGAAGCUGCAGUCUACUCACCAUCUGCCGCUCAGGAGUGAUCUUUCCCUGGAUGAAUCAACGGACAACUGACUCUGAACAAUCUGUCAGCGGUGGUGUGGCGGCGGGUCUGUCAGGCAGAGGAAGACUCAGUGUCAGGAGGGAGAGAACAGCCUUCACCAACAGCCAGCUGCUGGAGCUGGAGAAGGAGUUCCACUUCAGCCCUUACCUGUGUCGUCCUCGGAGGCUGGAGAUGGCGGCCGUGCUGCAGCUCACAGAUCGCCAGGUCAAAAUUUGGUUUCAGAACCGCAGGAUGAGGUACAAGAAGGAGCACAAGUAUGGGAAGGUGGCAAGUUUGUCCCAAUGGUCUCCCUGCAACCCUUCCCUCAGCUCGAGCUCAUGUGCGGACCACCUGAGGUUUUCAGGUGCAUGUAUUGUUCAAACGUCCUCCUCAGAGCUGCACUUCAUGGAUUAUGCUCCUAUGUCCUCUCUUUUUGGUGCUCAUAGUGACGCCAGCAGUGGUCAGUGUAUUCAACCCCCAGACCUGCCCCAUCUGAGCUGCAUACUUCCAUCUGUUGCAAAUGGUCCUCCGCCUUCCUGUACGGGCGCAGAUAGUCAUCACCAUGCUGGCAUUUCAAACUGGCCCUAGGGCCCCAUAAUGGCGAUCCCUCCUGUGCUCAUCAAAAUCUCAAUGAUACAUUCACUUUCACUUACUUAUGAAAGACUGGAGGAUGUCUUAUUAGCCUCCCUGGGUUGAAAUCCCCUUAAUACACCCGUUCACCAUUCAUGAAACAUUUUAAUUAAACUAUAUGAACAUAUCUUAAUUAAAGGAGAGCUACAGUGUUAUCAUUUGUGUUUCUCAGGCACGGUGACUGAAGACUGCAGGUCAAACUUGCUGCUCGUAUUGUACGCACACGGCAUACACAAGACAUCCGAGCGAUUAAUAAUUACAUGUUUCGCUGUAAUUUUGUGGCUGUUUGCAUUUAUAUUGUCGUUGCAUGUAUAAUGCAUGUGGGAAUCAUGUUAUAAGUGAUUUUUCUAUUUCCCUCUGUUGUCAGACAAUAGCCAAAUUGUUGUCAUAUUUUCUAAUUGUCACAUUUGGCCCUCCUUUUUCAUUAUCUACUGUAAAUAAUAGGUCAUUUGUGUAAAAUGUUUUAACUGUGAAAUGGGCAGAAUAAUGUUCAUAUCGAAUGAUGUUAUAUUUUUGUUAAAGCCAUUAAAGCAUACGGCAAGUCUUUGA